AACAGUGUGAGUGUUUCCAAAGUUGGAACUUUUGAUCUCUCGAAUCGAUUCCUUGAGAAUUUUGCUUUUGAUUCGGAGAGAAAUUCUGGAAGUUGAAUGCCUUGAUCGCUGGUUUUUUUCUGUUUUGUUCUUGAAUUGGUCUGUAUGGGGAGCUGGAUGUUCAGGAAAUCGAAGAGUUUCGCCUCUGAGCUGCUCCCGAAGAGCUUCAAGGCUGAAAAAUGCAAGAUAGCACUAAAGCUCGUGAGAACGCGUUUAACGCUUACAAAGAACAAGAAGGGGAUCCAGGUGAAGCAGAUGCGCCGGGAUAUAGCGAUGCUCUUGGCGGGCGGCCAAGAUCAAACUGCUCUAGUCCGGGUCGAGCAUGUAAUCAGGGAAGAGAAGAACCUGUCAGUCUAUGAGCUGAUAGAUAUAUACUGUGAACUUAUCAUUGCCCGGUUGCCAAUUAUUGAGUUACAGAAGAAUUGCCCUGUUGAGUUGAAGGAAGCCAUUUCUAGUGUUAUAUUUGCAUCCUCAAGAUGUGCUGACAUUCCAGAAAUCAUUGAUGUCCGAAAGCAGUUUGUAGCAAAAUAUGGGAAAGAAUUCAUAAUCGCAGCACUUGAGGUUCGACCAGAAUGUGGAGUUAGCAGCAUGUUGGUUGAGAAACUGUCAGCAAAAGCACCUGAUUCUAAGACAAAAAUGAAGACCUUGUCUUCAAUUGCUGAAGAAUUUAAUAUCAAAUGGGAUAUCAAGUCAUUGGAAGAUCAGAACCACAUGCCUAGUGAUGACUCGCUGGCCGGACCUAAAACAUUUGCAAGUGCCAGCCAGACGCCGAAGGAAUCACCCAAUGCAAACUACUCACCCACACCCAGCAUAAUGAAUGAACAGAGUCAGAGAAUGUCUCAGAAUGAUGUAGUCAGCAAAACACCUAGUUUUAAAGAUUCCCCCAGGUCAAGCAUUAAUACAAUGUCAAUGCCUUUAACUGCAUCUCACUCAAGAUUUUCAGAGAACAGAGGGAGCAGAUCUAGCUGGGAAGAGGUUAAUUCAGCAUAUCAAACAGACGGUUCCUUGAAUCAGCAAAAUUGGAAUAUGGGAUUCAAGGAUGCAACUUCAGCUGCUCAGGCAGCCGCAGAAUCUGCAGAAAGAGCUAGUGUUGCUGCUAGAGCUGCUGCUGAACUUGCAAGGCGUGAAAGUGCUUCAUACAAUGAAAUAAAACAAAAUAUUAAGGAGUCUGUGCCUGUACAAUUCAAUGAAAUAAAACAAUCAUCAGAGUCAGUGAUGGAAGCAGAAGACAGAAAUACAGAUGAAGUGCCACAGGCUAGAUCAGAGAAAGCAGGCAGAAGAAAUUAUGAUUAUAUUAAUCCUAGUAGAUCGUUCAGUUACUCUCCAUCUUAUUCCCAUGAACUAUCCUCUGAUGAUGAUCUGUUGGAGGUCAAUAGGAAAACUGAAGGGAGACCUUAUGAUUAUGCAACAUUUGAUGAUUCAGAUGGCCAAAGUUCUGAUGGAGGGGAUGUGAUAGACAAUAUCAUGCGCGAAGAAGCAAUGAAGUCUACGAACUUGCAACACAAUCACAUGUUUCCUGACAAUGUAGAAUUCAUUUCUCCUCCAUUGCCUGAUAUUAAUUAUCCGUACAUGUCCUAUGAUUCCAAUACCGAGGAGAGGGAAAGGCUAAGUUUGGGUAGGCUAACUGGUGGCUUCAGGAAUAAAGGUUUUCCUGACCCACCUUAUAUGAGGCAGAGGGACCCUCUGCCUGGUACUCCAGUACCAUCAAAACCAGUUCAUACAAGAGCCAUGGAAGGAUGUGUUGCCAGUCAGGAGAAGUCACUGGAGCCAAAUUUGCACGGCUGCAGGACUGAUGCAAGCCCUUCUGGUGUUUUUCGAGGCUUUGAUAAGUUUAUAGGGUCAGAUCUACAUCGUAGCAGUGAAAGAAGAGUUCAUGUAGCUGAGAGUUCACCUACUUUGAGUAGAGUUGCAAGAAAUAAUUCUGAUAUUGAGGAACAAACUCUUUACCAUCAGAACCAAGCAUCAAUAAAUUCAGAAAACCUGGUUUAUGAUUCAUACAGCCUGAAAUCAAUGGCAAGGGAUGCCAAGUUAUAUAGCUCACGAGCAUAUGGCCGUUCAAAGAGUGCCUUAUUGCCACCCAAAGAAAUAAAUAUUGCACCCUCUAUUGAGAAAAAUGUUUCUUUCUCAGAGAAGGCAUUUUCAAGUCGUGGAGUUUCAAAUGAAGAAUUCCCUUAUCAACAACAAACUGUUAGAACAAACAGGGAAUCAAUGAAUUGUUUUGAUCAAGAUGUUGUCAAGGCAGAGCCACAGUAUAUACUUGGAUUUAGGAGUGAUAGAUGUGAUGACCUCUCUCGGACUAGGGACCUACCAUCAGCUAAUGUUUACGGAUACCAUGCCCGUUCUUGUGCAUACACUGAAAUGGAAAGUGAAUUCUUUGGAGGAAGUUUUUCAUCUGAACCUAUUAAUACAGAAAAUAGAGGGAUGCACUUAGACAGAAGAGAUAGUUCAAGAAGUUCAGAGCAAAACAUUUCACUCAAACAAUCUUCAAUGGCUUCCUCCAAUGUGGAUUCUUUAUUACACAAGAAAAAUCUCCACAAAUCGCAAGUAAACUCGGAGGUUUCCAAGAUACCAUCACGUGAGAGCUCAUUCAAAAGUGUUUCUCAUGUUCACCCAAAACUUCCUGAUUAUGAUACCAUUGUUGCUCAUUUCCAGGCUCUCCGAGCAAACCGGCAGUGAUGAUAGGCAUCUUACUGGUAUCAUGAGAGACCCAAAAGCACUGAGGCCUUAUUUGGGAUUUUAAAAAAGAAGGGUAUGGCAUUCUCAGUACUUGUGUAUCAUGAUAAUGGUUGAUGGUGUUUUCCAAUGAGACAACUGGAUAUAUGAUUGCUUGACUUGCCACAAUAAUUCCAAGCAUGCCUGGUGAUCAGGAAAAGAAGCAAAUGUGGUAAGCUUUUGGUUUUCUACUUGAAUAUAUUUUUCUUAAAAUUUGAUUGGUAAUAUGGUUGGCAGAGUUAAUGAAUGUGAAGAAUUGUUCUGGCUGAAACAUUACUGUCAAUGGUCUGUUUAUGUUACAGUUAUAUAUCUAUGGCAUUGUUGUUUGGCAGAUGAACUUGAAGAGAUUAGUUUCAUUAGUACCAGACUAGUUAUAUAUGGCUUUUCAUCUGUUUUUCCUCUCUUCUGUGAUCUUAUGAUGUACUACAAGCUCACUUUGAGUAUGAAAUGGGAACAUGAUGAAGAAAACAUUGAUUGUGGCGGUGACCGGUUUUACUUGAGAUUACGAUGACCAACCUUGAUAUAAAAAGAUAGAUCAAUGUACUGAGGAACAAGAUGCUUGAAGGACAUGAUAAAUUGGGCACUGAUUUGAAAUUUCAGUUAUUGGCCUUCAUUAGGCUCACAUGUUUCUCUUGCAGAUAUUAUCAUCAUUUCCUUUAACAUUAAAGUUUCAUAUUCUCUGUGUCCAGUCUGGAACUCAAAGCUUUAUGUACAACAGAGAGGACCAAUCCAAUUUUGAGCAUGAAAUUAUUGAUUUCUCACUUCAUGGAAGGUAGUAUUCCAACUGUCAGAAUUAUUUCAAGAUUUCUUCUUAUUUUCUUCCUCUGUUAUUUCUACUCAUCAGUAAUCCAUCAUUUUUAGUUUUUUUCUGCAAAUUUGAACACUUAUUCAUUUGCUCUUUGUAUUAAAUUGCAGAUGCCCCUUUUUUUAUCUUGUUUUAAGUUUUUACAGACCAAUUGGAAUCUUCAACUUGCUUCUCAUAGCUCUCUCAUGCAUGUAGUCUAUUGAAUGCAAUCAAUCAAUUACUCACAAUGCUUUUGUGGAAAAAAGGAUUGGAUUCCAACAUGACAUAUCAGCAAAUUGAAAGUGGUUGUCAGUAGUGGUUUUCUCAUGCUUAUUCCGGUCAACUUGUUUUUAUCACUUUAACAGUGAUUCAGAAUCUUGAACUAGUUGCCUUGUUUAUGCUAAUGGCCUCUGUGUCACCAGACACGCAUGCAGAGCAUGUUGCCUAUUUUACUAGUCAAAUUUUUUGUUUGUUUGUUUGUUUUCUACUUUUAUUUAUUUAUUCAUAUCUUCAUGUUUUACCAUAUUUACCCCUGUACAUUGUUGCAAUUACACAUGUAUCUCUGUUCAGGCAGCAGGGGGUGUAUAUAUGUGCCCAAAAAUCUUUUAUUAUGCCUAUUAAAAAAUAGGUUUAAUUCUUUAUUUAGUACCUAAAAUUAGAAUUUAUCCCUGAAGAUCCAAGAGGCGAUUUAGAGAAUCUUCAUCAGGAUACUACUGAGGCCACUCAGAGGAUCAAACGCUCCCUCAACUUUCUGGGCACUAGACCCACUGAU